AUGGCAGACAAUCGGUUUUCUAUUGACUAUGCCAAACUAGGUACAUCUGGUUGUAAGAAAUGUAAAGCAAAGAUUGCCAAAGGUGAACUACGUAUCGCAAAGAUUACACCCAGUCCAUUCUCUGAAGGUGAUACAAUGAAAGUUUACCAUCAUGUUCCUUGCAUAUUCGAAACAUUUCUCAACGCUCGUGCAACAACGAAGAUUAUUGAUAGUUCAACAGAUCUCGAUGGCUGGUCGAAUAUCAGUCCUGCUGAUCGAGAGAUUAUUCUCGAGCAGAUCAAACAGACGCAAGCAGCAAGAGCCGGUAAAGCAUCAGGUAAAUCACCAACGAAGAAACUGGCUAAGUCAGCAACUACACCAACCAAGAAAACACCAGCGCCAGUCCCGAAAACAACAGCAGCACCGAUCAAAAUCAAUGCUGAUGAUGAUGACGAAUCAACCAUUGAUAAUAAUGACAUUGAUAUUGUUGAUGAAGACGAUGACAAUACAGAAAAGAAGAGAGAAACUACAACAGAUGGAGUUCAUGUACCGGCAAAUGAUGAUCCUAAACAUCCAGACAAUGCUUUUCGACAAUUCCGUGCACUUUGUACGAAAAUCGCUGAGACAAAUGGACAUCUAGCUAAAACGUCGAUUGUAGAACAAUUUAUUACCUAUGGAACUGAUGGAGAAAGCUUUAAAGGCAAUUUGAGUCUUCUUUUCCAUCUUCUUCUUCCAAGUAAAGGCUAUAAGUCGAUUAUUUAUAAUUUAAAAGCCAAACAAUUAUGCAAGCAUUUUUCUGUCAUUUUUCACGAAAAUGCAACAGCAAUGAUUCAAAAAUGUGAAGAAUGUGGUGAUGUGGCAGAGACAAUUGCCGAAUUUUAUUCCACAACGACACAUGUAAAACCGCCUCCAAAAACCGUCUUAUCCAAUUAUGACGUUGAUCAUUACCUACAUGAACUAGGUCAAGUAACACGUGAGCAAGAUCAAAUUCAAUUAUUACGUAAAAUAACUGAAAAAUGCACAGUCAAUGAUUUACGUAUGUUCAUUCGCCUUGUUCAAAAAGAUCUCAAAAUCAACGCCGGACCGAAACAUAUCAUUGAAAGUCUUGGUUCGAAUGCUUACGAAAGUUUUCAAGCGACAAAUGAUUUGAAAUCGUUUAUCAAACGUUAUUUAGAACAUAAAACUUCCGUGCAGAACGGAACACAGCUAAGUAAGAAAUUAUCAAUUCGAAUUGAACUGAUGACUCCAGUCCAUCCAAUGUUAGCUGAACCGUGCAAAUCGGUUGAUUUUGCAUUCAAACGUUGCCCGAAAGGUUUCUAUGCGGAAAUCAAAUACGAUGGCGAACGUUUACAAUUGCAUAAGGAUAAAACUAAUCAAUUUAAAUUCUUCUCUCGAAGUUUAAAACCAGUCACUGAACAUAAAAUCCAUCAACUCAGCCAAUACGUUGUACAAGCCUUUCCAAAAGGUGAAUCAAUGAUACUUGAUGGCGAAAUUCUCCUAGUCGACAGAAAGACGAAAAAACCGUUGCCAUUUGGAACGCUCGGUGUACAUAAAAAGAAAGAAUUUUCUGAAGCAAACGAAGCAUUUUUCAUCUUUGACUGUUUGUAUUACAAUGGAGAGAGUCUUUUACAUAAAACAUUGAAAGAGCGACGAGAAAUUUUGGUUCAUCACAUGACACCUAUUGAGAAUCACAUUGUUCUUUCGGAUCUGAAGACGAUCAAUAAGAAAAUUGAUUUGAAACAUUUGAUUAAUUUCACCAUUGCCGAAGGACUUGAAGGUUUAGUCCUUAAAAAUCCUGAUGGAGCCUAUGAGCCAAAUAAACGUCAUUGGCUCAAAGUAAAAAAGGAUUAUCUGAUGGAAGGUACAAUGGCUGAUACAGCUGACCUAGUUGUACUGGGUGCCUAUUAUGGUACAGGCAAGAAAGGGGGUUUGAUGAGCGUUUUUCUACUUGGUUGUCAUGACCCGGAAAACGAUCGAUGGUACACUGUAGCAAAAUGUGGAAAUGGUUUUGAUGAUGCCACAUUGGAAAAACUUCAGGGUGAUUUCAAACCGACUAUGACGAAAAUCUCGAAAAAUCCCAAUCAAGUUCCGAAAUGGUGCAAUAUUAGCCGGGAGCUUGUUCCAGAUUUUAUUGUCAUUGAUCCGAAAAAGUCACCCGUGUGGGAAAUAACUGGUGCUGAAUUUUCCAAGUCAAAGCAACACACUGCAAACGGAAUAUCCAUUCGUUUUCCUCGCGUAACAAAAGUACGCGAAGACAAAACAUGGAAAGAAGCUACCAACCUGCAAUAUUUAACAGAACUUUUCGAAAAAUCCAAACCAUCGAAAAAGGAAAACAACAACAAUGAUGACGACGAAGAUGAGGAAAAUGUUUUUCACUUCGGUGAUACGAACAAUAGUUCAUCUUCGACGAAAUCUUCGCCAACCAAACGUAAACUUCUCGAGAUCGACUCCGAUGAUGACGCAGAUACGGAUGUUAAACCAAGUGGAACUAAAAUUCUGCGCAAAUCUGCACCGAAUAGUUUACUGAAAGUUCGUUUUCCCAAUCUAUUUGUUAAUCAGCUUAUUUAUCUAUCAUCAACAUUACCUCUGGAUGAAUAUAAUAAGUUAAAACGGCACAUUGAAGCGUAUGGUGGAAGAGUUUUAUCUUCGAAAGAUGUUAACGAUGACACGCAAUUAUCUCGUAUAACACACUGUGUGGGUGAAAAGGACGAUACAUUCAAACAAAUUGAUUUAGUUAAAGAAAAACUGCAAAGCAAUGUUACACACAUAUCUUUACCAACAGUCUACAAGGAACUAUACUCUGCAUGGCGCUGCUCGUUUCCAACUAAUGUUCACCAGAAUUCUACGACAGAAGAUUUAUUUCAAACGCCUCCGUGGAGGAAGCACAAGAUUAAAUUUAAACUCAAAAUACAUACUAUUGCGUAG